AUGCAAAAUUCAGAUAUCUUCGUCGGGUCAAUCGACCAGGGCACAACAAGCACCAGAUUCCUCAUCUUCAAUCGAGACGGUGAGCCCGUUGCCUCGCAUCAAGUUGAGUUUAGCCAAAUUUACUCUCAACCAGGAUGGCAUGAGCACGAUCCCAUUGAGCUAGUCUCCUCCGUGGAAAUAUGCAUCGAAGAAGCAGUCCAGCAAUUUGAAAACAAAGGCUACUCUCGCACCAGCAUCAAAAGUCUUGGAAUAACAAAUCAACGAGAAACAACAAUAGUCUGGGACCACGAGACCGGCGAACCCCUCUACAAUGCUAUUGUCUGGACCGAUACCCGCUCCCAGUCCAUAGUGACCGAACUAAAACAAAAACCAGGCGCAUCCAACCUCCAAUCCAUUUGCGGAUUACCGCUGUCAACCUACUCAUCCGCCACAAAGCUACUUUGGAUGCUGGCACAUGUCCCAAAAGUGAAGCAGGCGUUCGGUCGCGGCACACUCGCGUUUGGUACCGUCGAUUCGUGGCUUGUGUACCGUUUGAACGGUGGCGCGCAAGCCAACGUUUUCGUCUCGGAUUCGACAAACGCUUCACGGACUAUGUUUGUAAAUUUGGAGUCGCUGCAUUAUGAUGAUACGCUCUUGGACUUUUUUGGCAUUAAGGGGAAGGUGCACCUUCCUAAGAUUGUGCCUUCUUCGGACCCGAAUGCUUACGGCUCGAUUGCCACUGGUUCUCUUGCGGGAGUUCCGGUGAUGGGUUGUUUGGGGGAUCAGUCUUCUGCGUUGGUUGGGCAGAAAGGAUUCUCGCCGGGAAUGGCCAAGAACACCUAUGGGACAGGAUGCUUUUUGCUUUACAAUGUUGGCGAUAAGCCGGUUUUCUCGAAACACGGUCUAUUGGCUACAGUUGCCUAUCAUUUUGGAGGGAAGGCUGUCUAUGCUCUCGAGGGGAGUAUUGCUGUAGCUGGGUCAGGGAUUAAAUUCCUGCAGAACAAUUUGGAGUUCUUCAAGGAUGCCAAAGAGAUUAAUGACCUCGCCUUGUCGGUGGAUGAUAAUGGGGGGUGUGUAUUUGUUACAGCUUUCAGCGGGCUAUUUGCCCCGUAUUGGAUUGACAAUGCAAAGGGAACCAUUUUUGGAAUUACUCAAUACACUCAAAAGGGCCACAUUGCCCGUGCAACUCUCGAAGCGACAUGUUUUCAAACAAAAGCCAUUUUGCAAGCAAUGGAGAAGGACAGCGGACAAACCCUUUCCGAAUUGGCAGUUGACGGAGGAAUGAGCAAUUCGGAUCUAGCCAUGCAGACGCAAGCAGAUCUCAUCUCGAUCCCCGUUUACCGUCCCCAAAUGCGCGAAACCACAGCCUUGGGCGCAGCAAUCGCAGCAGGCCUCGCCGUGGGUCUCUGGCGAAACUUUACUGAGCUCCGAGAUAUCAAUCGCAGCGGAGGAGCAGUCUUUGAGCCCCAAAUAACCCACCAGGAGAGUACCAACAAAUUUGGAGAGUGGGAAAAGGCCGUCCGAAUGUGUCGGGGGUGGAUUGGAGCAAAUGACACUUUCAAGGACACCGGUAGUGCCAAUGAAACGAGCGAGAAAAAGGCGCCGACUUUCGUGCCUAACCUGAAUAUGGGACAGUCUGCUUCAAAUUAUCUCAAGCAUAACCAUGCGUCUUCAUUGCUUUCAGAAACUGUUGCUGGUGUGGGUGUGACAUCGAAGGUUAAAACGCGUUCCCAGAAUGGAGACAUGGAGAUCCCAUCUAAGAUUCCGUUGGUUAGUAUGUCCGGAGACUUGGAUAGUGCAGACGAGGAAGAUUUGUUUCUGGAGUUACGGAAGGUGGAGAUCUUGCAGAAGCUAAAAAAGAUUCGAAAGUUAAAGUUAACUUAUUAUUAG